AUGGCGGUGGAGGCCGCGAUGGGGGCCGCGAUAGAGCCCGCGACAGCUACCGAGAUCGCGACGCUAGACGCGAUGACCGCGAUAAGAGAGACGACCGCGACCGAAGAUACAGAUCCAGAUCUCGUGAUAGACGCGACAGAGACCAACGCCCCAGAUCUAGAGACAGAGAGAGGGAUCGUCCUCGCGACGACCGCGACGCCGGAAGGCCGCCCAGGAGAGAAAGAGAUGGUUGGCAGGACCGAGACGAGCGGCGGCGUAGAGACGAAGAUCGCGGAGAUGACAAGCCAUCCAGACGGCGAGACGAGGAGGAUGAAGCUCGUCGUGACAGCAGCACCUCGUGACAAGGACCGUAGAAGAUCAGCGUCCCCCCGUCGAAGCGCUAGCCCGCCCCCAACCCGCCGUGAUGGAAGAUACACCGAGACUCUCCCCACGCGCACGUUAGGAAAGAGCAAGAAGGAGCAGCACACCAUGUCUUUUAAGAUGGGACGCCACGACUCGCCGCAGGUUGACAGUGGACGCGACAGCGAGCGCGGUGACACACCCAUGGCAGGUCGGGAUGAUCGAGACGAUGGGGACGACGAGCCCGAGCCUGAGGUCGAGGGCGACGAUAUGGACGCCAUGCAAGCUAUGAUGGGCUUUGGCGGCUUCGGCACCACCAAGGGACAGAAGAUUGCGGGCAACAAUGUUGGCGCUGUGAGGAAGGAGAAGAAGACGGAGUAUCGCCAGUACAUGAACAGACAGGGUGGCUUCAACCGGCCCCUUAGUCCCAACGAGUUUGCGAAGGUGGAAGCUGCUACAGAAAGCUUUAUUGCAGAGGCCUUGCAGCUAUAUUUUGCCUUCGCGCAGUACGCUUUUGCGCGUAUCGAGGGUUGGAGGCGGGCGGCCAUUCAGUAA